AGUCCGCUUGGCGGACUCUAUGGAAUUUUCUGUUUCGGACCAAAAAUUACGCGACAGCUUAUUUCCCUCUUUCCUUUUCCCUCGUCAUUUUUCACUCUCCCUCCAUUUCAUUUCACAAAACGAAAACCCUAAUUCCAUGCUAAUUCGUGAAUCCCUUUUUUCCCUAUUUCGUGAACCGAUUCGUGAAUCCCUAAUCCGUGAAUCCAUUGAAGAAUCCCUAAUUCCCUAAUUCAAAAUCCCUCGUUAAAGGGUUUCUGAAUCAUCAAAGGUUUUCCAGAACUAUCGGCUUUGUGGAUGCUGGAAUCAACUUUUCUUUGCAAGUUUUCAAGAAUGCUCAUCUUACUUAGUGGAGGCAGUAAGCAGUUGUUGAAUGCAAGUUAGUUUGGAACCGAAGCACUAUAUCAUCCGGGAUUUUGCAAAGACAACUCUUUCUCAAGUUGCAACUGCUACACCAGCUGACACAGCAGCCAAAGCUAAAACCUGCAUCAUUGCAUUCCAAUGCAUGAUUAGUACAUAAACAAUAAAGGGUUGGAUGGAGUAGUUCUUUUUUUAGAUACAUGAAAUGUUUUAUAAAAGAGAGAGACACACAACUAUAGGGGGACAUCGAUUUUCCAGGGAGUUUUUGGACUUUAUCAAGGGGCAAGUAAUCAUGAAGAAUUGCACAAUUUGAUGAAGGCCACAUCGAUGAUUCGAAGGCUUAAAAAUGAUGUUCUUUCUGAACUUCCUGUUAAGCGUAGGCAACAAGUCUUCCUAGACUUGGCCGACAAGGACAUGAAGCAAAUUAAUAUUCUUUUUCGCGAGUUGGAGAGGGUAAAACUCAAAGUUAAGGCAGCUAGCUCACAAGAGGAGGUUGAAUCACUCAAGUUUGCUGAAAAGAAUCUUAUUAACAAGAUUUAUACUGAUUCUGCCGAAGCCAAGAUUCCAGCUGUUCUUGAUUAUCUUGGAACUGUAAUCGAGAAAAAAAAGGUUGGUUGUAUCCGGAUUGAUGGAGGUACACCUUCUGGAUCAAGGCAACAGUUGGUUACAGAGUUUCAGGAAAAAGAUUCUAUCAAGGCAGCAGUGCUAUCUAUCAAAGCUGGAGGUGUCGGGUUAACAUUGACUGCUGCCAGCACCGUCCUCUUUGCAGAAUUGUCUUGGACUCCUGGUGAUCUAAUUCAGGCCGAAGACCGUGUUCAUAGAAUUGGACAGGUGUCUUCAGUAAAUAUAUACUACUUGCUUGCAAAUGACACAGUUGAUGAUAUCAUGUGGGACGUAGUGCAAAGCAAACUGGACAAUUUAGGACAGAUGCUUGAUGGUCAUGAGAACACCUUAAAGGUCUCAGAUGAUCAACCGCCAUCGAGAAGCCCUACAAAGCAGAAAACUCUUGAUCAUUUCGUCAGGAGAUGUGACAACAACACGAGUGGAUUGGAACAUCAGUCAUCCCCCAAACGUCCCCGGUACUGACCCAUAAGUUCUGUGAAAUGGUUCUCAUAGUGGAAUAUGAUCGCAUGUUGACACUGAUACUCGCUCAGUGGGAAAGACAUAUGAAGUAGUAGCUAAAAUAGGCGGUCAGCACAGCUGGACUUGCAAGUAGCAACUCUAAACGAUGCUGCUGGUAUGACAAUGGCUAUGAAGUCUUAGCCAACAGAUUUUGGUUGUAUGGCUUAACAACUUGUCCCCCCUAUAGUUGUGUGUGGGACUUGUACAUAGUACUAUCUCUGGUCCUAUUUAUAAUCGAUGUAUCUAGACUGUAUAAUGCAACCCGACUCUAAACAUCUUUAUUGUCCUUUUUUGUUGACUUUAGAGUCGGUGUAUGCAAGGCUAAAUAUUAUUAUAGACUUUUCUAUGUUGACUUUA